AAUAGUUCUCUAUACCGGAAGUGAUAAUUAACUAAUAAUUAACAACAAUUUAACAACAAUUAAUUGCAAAAAGUGUCAAAUUUCAAAUAACAAACACCCAAAGAUCAAGUAAGUAAAAUAAAAAUAUGAAAAACAACAAUAUAAAACACAAAAUAAACUGAAACAAAACCGGGGCGUAAGCCACACACUAACAACGUGCUCUGCACACACACCCUUCUAAUAAUAAUAAUCAAUUAAUUAAAUUUUUCAAUUAAAUUAAACUACAGGUGUUCAUUAAUAAUAAUGGAACAACAACUAAAGGAGCUAAAGACUGAUAUCGCAAAGAAAUUAAUCUCAAAAAUUGAUUUUAAUGAGCAAAUAAAGAAGAUUAGUAUGUGCGAAAUCUUUGAAAUGGCGAAAACGUGUAUAAUUGGAUUGAAAUCUCCUCAACUGUUGAAAAAACUAAGAAUUGGAGACGCAACUCAAUACAAAAUGAGAUGGGUAAUAACCUGGUUAAAGAAAAAUUACACCGGUCCUCCAAUUGACCAACGAGAGCAACAAAUAAUGGAAGAGAUUAUUAACUUACCACCAAGUAUCAUUCUACCAGAUCUUAAUAAUAUUAAUCAUACAGUCGAAGAAGAAAAUGAUGAUGAAACAUCAGCAGCAAAAACAAUAACAAAUAACCCUGCAAGAAAUCAACAAUCCAACACCCCGUUUAUACAACCAAGCACAUCCGCCAUACAACCAAGCACAUCCGCCAUACAACCAGCCGAAAUUAUUAUAACCCAAAGAGAAACCCCACCACUCACCCAUAAACCAUUAAAACGCCAAUUCAUCAAUUUUAAUCUUCACAACGAAAAUGUUGAAAUAACAUAUGAUACAGCAAAAAAAGUAAGGAAAACAGUUUAUCGAAUUGAAGAUAGACCAAUUCCGAGUCAGUGGAAACCUUGGUCAACACAACUAAUGGAACCACUUUUUCUGGUUCAACACGAACAACUAAAACCGGUGGAAAUACGAGACAAUAUUAUUAGAGCCAUGGAAGCUAAACAACUCGCACCAAUACUUGGCACCUUUAUUACUAAUAAUGAUGCUCUUCGAAUAAAAUCUCCAGAUAACAUGACGAGAAAAAUGAACAUGGAUAAUCUUAAACAAUGGCUACCAGAAUUGAAAAUUCUAAAACCAAAAAUUUUCGAUCCAAAGAUAAGACUUGCCAAAGUAUUUUAUGAUGGCUCUUUAACUGAUCUCAGCGCAAUCAAAGAACUGGUUGAUAAUAUUAUGAUAGCGGCUGGCGUUACCCCUGAUGAAAAAUAUUCAAUCGAAGGUGCUUACACAUGUAAUACUGUCAACCACAUUGAUAUAAUAAUAAUAAUCUCACCAACCAUCAGAGACAAAUUUCAUGAAAACAGAGGAAUCAUCUACUACAUGGGAAAAGAGAUAAAAAUAUAUGAUUAUUUCAAAGUGAGCCAAUGCAGUAAAUGUUUCUCAUUCCAGCAUAAAGACAAAAAGUGUCAGAAUCAACAAGUUUGCAAAUAUUGUUCAUCUCUUCAUCAUUACCGUGAAUGUCCACAUAAUAAUAAUAAGGAGAAAAUGAUGUGUAUCAACUGUAUUAAUAAUACACCUGAGUUUCAACAUCAAGCGGAUGAAUGGAUUUGCCCAACGUAUCAAAAAAAGCUACGAGAAGCAAUUCAACACAUAAAUUAUGAGUACCGUUGGAUUAUGAGAAAUUAAUCAAAUGAUUUUAAUAUUUGAAGUAAGUAAUGAUGUAAUACAAACAUCUAAUCAUAAAGAAUAACAAUAAUAAUAAUAUUUUUCAUUUUGAAUUGAAACUUCCAAGAAAUUUAACCUUUGCCAAUUUUCCAUCAACAGCAAUUUCUUCCUUUCGCUUGAUAAUAUUAAUAACGGAAUCAAGUGGAAUAUUUUUCAAGAAGUCACCCAAAGUUUUAAAUUGACUCAAACAGCGAUACUCAACCCAAACCAAAUCAAUAUCAGCUUUAGCUCCAAUAUUUUUCAUCACCAAUUUCUUAGCCUCAUCAACAUCCGAACUUUGCUCAAUAUCAAUACGAGUUACACCAACAACCGAACGAAGAUUCAACUCAACUGAACCAACACACUCACCAUAAUGAAACUGCAUAAAGUCGUUAAUAUUAUUAUUAACCAUCAAAUGCAGCUCCUUCCGUUUAUUAACCAAAGCAUCAAAAUUAUUCAUCAGAUACCGAAAGUAAGGAUCCUUAAAAUCGAAACCACAAUUAGUAGGACAUUUAACCUCUCGUUUACGUGAAGAAUUAUUAUAAUGAAAGUUCUGUGGACAAUCACUAAAAGGGUAGCAACAGGUACUACAGAAAACUCUGGUACAAAAACGCCGACGAUUUCCUCCAUCAUGAACCAUUGGAUCCAUCGCCAAAUUACCACAGAUUCCACACAGAAAUUUUUUACUCCAUUGAUUAUUAUUACAAAUCUGCGAUUCCUUAAUCAACAUUUUAAACAAAAUCAAUAAUAAUAAUAACAAAUUACAAUUCAA